AUGUCUCUUUCUAAAGUUGCAAGCCUCAUCUUAGGCACAGCUGGUCUGGCCGCAGCUCAUGGACACAUCGAUCGUAUCAACAUUGAUGGCAAGUCCUAUGGUGGAUACCUGGUCGAUAAAUACCCCGGUCAACCAAACGUCCCCGAACUCAUUGCGUGGUCAACUGCGGCUACUCAGGACGCCUAUAUUCAAACCUUCGAUUACAGCCACCCGAAUAUUAUCUGCCACCAGGAUGCUAAGCCUGGUGCUCUCGCUGGGGAGGUUGCUGCUGGUGGCAAGGUGACGCUGCACUGGAGCAGAUGGUUUGAAGAUCACCGUGGUCCGGUCAUUAGCUAUCUUGCGAACUGCAAUGGGAGCUGCGCUUCUGUGGACAAGAUGAAGCUUGAGUUUUUCAAAAUUGAAGAGGCUGGUCUUCUCGACAACAGCAAGUCCCCCGGAUGGUGGGCCAGCGGUGAGCUUAUGGCUGCCAACAAUACCUGGACGGUCAACAUCCCCUCCGAUAUCGCAGCAGGCAACUAUGUCCUUCGUCAUGAGAUCAUCGCAUUGCAUAACGCAAUGAGCGACAAUGGUGCACAAGCUUACAUGCAAUGCAUCAACUUGAAGGUGACAGCGGGUGGCACUGCUACUCCCAAAGGCAUUCCUGCCACCCAGUUUUACAAGCCGACCGAUCCCGGCAUCCUGGUCAAUAUCUUCGACAACCUUCGCACUUAUGUGAUUCCAGGCCCUGCCCUCUACAAUGGCAGGGGUGCAACACCUACGGAUACCGCCGUCAUCCCCACCGGAACGUCUUCCCCCGCGGUGUCUUCCACCCCAGCCUGGACGACCCUCGCUGCAGCGCCUCAGGCUUAUGGAUCUGUUCCCGACCAGAGCUCUCCUUAA